UAUAUACAGAAUUGCCCAAGUACCUUGCUUGGUGGCCCUUCAUUGGUAUUGUGUGAGUCGAUGGGGUGGGAAUGGCAGGGCAAAGGCUACGGGUACACCGGACCUCAGGAACCUAGCGAUUGGGGCAGCUUCCCUUCUAUGAGCAAGGGCUAUUUCGACUAUCCAGCUGACUAUGGGAAAGGAGAUGACUACUCCAGUCAUAGGACUUAUGCAAAGGGGCCCAUGGGGCCCACCGGGCCCAUGUUGGGUCCAAAAGGUCCGACGAAGGGCCCGAAAGGUCCUCCCAUGGGACCUGGCCACUUCAAGGGCUCUCCGCCGGGCAAAGGUCCGAUGGGACCUAGCUGGCCCGGCACCUUUGAUGGACGCAUGAGCCAAAGUGUCAGGCCAAAAGGCUAUGGCUACGACAGCUAUGAUGGGUACCAACUCAGACCAAAAGGCGAAUCCAAAGGUGCACCGAAAGGGAAACCUGUUGGAGGAGGUCACGAGAUUCCUCCUCCGCCAAAACCGGUGAAAAUUAGUGACGUUGAGCAGUGGCGUUCCGCUGGCAAGGCCAAAGGUGAGGCCAAAGGUGCCGCACGCGCCGCAGGGAAGGCCAAUUCAAACGUGGCAAAUCAGAAGGUUAAAGAGGAAAAGAAGAAAGUUGGAAGCCCGCACUGGAAGCCAAAGAAUGGCACAUCGGCGGCCACUAGAGUGUUGGGCCAAGUCCAGAGCAUGCUGACUGGUGUCUUCAUUGAAGGUUUAUUAUACUCCAUUCAUGUGAGUCCAUCGAGUUCAGCUUGUGCCACUGGUAGGCGGUUUCUGUGUGCUUGAUUACUGAAAGGUAGGGCCAGGUAGGGUGCGUGGAUCCUGUGCGGAUGAGUCAGUCCAGGGCGGUGACAAUGUGUCAUGAGUCAGGUUCAAGUUUUUGGCACCAAGGAAAAGAUAAAAGAGAUGAGCGCAGAAGUUCGUGAUGACAAUCCAUACAGCAGAUUAAUGGCGCUCAAGCGCAUGGGUGUUGUCGAGGAGUAUGAGAAGAUUCGUACAUUCUCUGUGUUGAUUGUUGGCAUUGGAGGAGUCGGUUCUGUUGUGGCCGAGAUGUUGACUCGAUGUGGUAUAGGGAAGCUACUCCUUUUUGAUUACGACAAGGUCGAGCUUGCCAACAUGAACCGGCUCUUCUACAGACCAGAACAGUCAGGCCUUUCAAAGGUGGAGGCCUCCCUGCAAACGCUUCAAGCAAUCAAUCCCGAUGUCGAGUUUGAGACUUUUAACGUGAACAUUACAUCAACAGAAAACUAUGGCAUUCUGCUGGAAAGAAUAGAACAUGGAGGCCUUGAAAAGCAGAGGGUGGACCUUGUCCUUAGUUGUGUGGACAACUAUGCUGCCCGCAUGACUAUCAAUCAGGCUUGCAACGAGCUUGGACAGAUGUGGCUUGAGUCUGGGGUCUCCGAAAAUGCAGUCUCCGGCCACAUCCAGACCAUGAUUCCUGGCAGGUACGCGUGUUUUGAAUGUGCUCCCCCUGCCGUGGUUGCAAGCGGUGGUGAUGAGCAUGCCAUCAAGCGAGAGGGUGUUUGUGCGGCAUCCUUGCCAACAACGAUGGGCAUUACCGCUGGUUUGCUGGCCCAGGCAACAUUGAAACACUUGCUGAAAUUUGGAACUGUGUCAAAUUUCCUGGGAUACGAUGCCUUGGGCGAUUUUUUCCCAUCGUACGGAAUGGCUCCAAACCUUGAAUGUGGCAACCGUCAUUGCAGGCUGCGACAAGCAGAGUGGAAAGAGAAGCCGGAGGAGAUGAUGCAGCGCUAUGGUUUGAAAGAGGAGACCACUACAGAGGAUACUGCAGUUGCUGAGUUGCACCCUGACAACGAAUGGGGCAUUGUUGUUGAAGAGUCCAGCGAAGGCGUAGCUCAAGAGGCCUUGAAGGAAGAGGUGGUCGAUACUCAGGGAGCUUCUGUCACGGAUUUGAUGGCAUCACUCAAAUCCUUGGGAGCACAGUGACUCAGCUGCCAAUGUCAUCCAGCUUUUGCAACAAGCGAAUUGCUGCGAUGCAACUUGAAUUGAAGAGCUGGCUGAAUGUACCCGUAGCUUGUUUUAAGUGAAAUGCUCGACAUGUAGACUAGCAUGGAGCCUGAAAAAGCUCUGUCCGGGAAGCAUACAGGAGAAGGUUGGGGCUGGAC